UUUCCUUCCUUCCUUCCUUCAUCUCGUCACACAGAGAGUCAUUUGCGAUGAACAAUUUUUUUUUUGUAUUAUUAUAUAUCUCUUCUCUUCCCUUCCUGCCCGAAAUAUCCCUCUUCUCGCAUCGGCAGCUUGUGGCUGAUUCAUUUUCAGUUCAUCCGUUGAGCAGUGAAGAUGUGAAAUAACAAUUUUUCCCCUUUUUUUAUUUCGGUGUGUAUUUGGAUAUACAUACAAAUUUUUUGGAUUAUAUUUGUCGCGCGCGCUCGCUCUCUAUGUCCUUCUCACUUACUCAUCACAUCACAUAAUUGCAAUCACUAGACUUAUAAUUUUUAUUAUUGUGUGGAAAAUGGAAAAUAUAUGAUUGUGGAUAGUGCAUAAAGACACACAUAGAGUGUCAUAUCGUUCCUAAUUGGAUGCAUAUAAAAUAAGUUGAUUCUCUCCUACAACAAUAAAAAGAAAAGUAUAUAGAAGUUGUGAAUGGGAAAAAAAAGAGAAAGUGAAAAAGGCAAAAGGAAAAAUAGAAAAGGAAAAAUAAAAAUUUUGUGUGUGAAAAUUACCGGAAAAGGAAAAAAUAAAAACAUUGUGAAUCGCAUCGAGCAUAUACAUUUAAUCUGAAUUGAGGUCAUUUGGAGUGGUAGCAAACAAAUGGAUUCGACAAAAUUUAAGAAGCCUGUGUUGAUAAGUUCAUUAAAGAAAAGGAAGAAAACUGUAGCAAGAAACUUAGGACUAGAAGCGAUGACACAAAAUCGUAAUUGUUGUCGCUUGUGCCUGGCACCUCAAAAUGAGUGUGUUGAAAUAUUUAAAACACAAGCAGCAGAUAAGCAGCCGAUACAGUCAAAAAUUUCAUCAUGUGUACAAAUUCAGGUUAGCUUAACAGACCGUUUAUCAGUAAACAUUUGCCAUUCGUGUGUAAGUUAUUUAAAUUCAUGGCAAAGUUUCAAAAAUCGAUGUGAUGCAGCUCAGAGGAAGCAAAAAAUCUGGCUCUCAACGUCUGGUAGUGAUGGAAAAGUACAAAGCACUGGUCAAUCAUUACUUAAGAAUCAAUUAAAUGGACAUGGAAAUCAAUUGAAACCAGCUCUCGAGAAUGCACAACAAAAGUUUCAAGAGAAACAAGCAGAAUUACAGAGACGAAAACUACAAGAGCUUGUAAAGCAACAACAAUCGAGUGAUAUGGACACAAGCUUCAUUAAGUCUGAACCUGCAUCUGAUGACGAGGAUGAGGAGAAUGUUAUGGAAUUAGAUCCCUCACAGUUUUUGGCACAAGGUAGUAGUGAUGAUGAUUCAGAAAAUGAAGAUUCUCGGAAUCAAACACAAAGUCAAAAUGGAAACGGUCCUCCAAUACUAACAUCGCUGGGUCUCACACAUAUCAACAGUGUAUCAAAUCCAUUUGCAUCAUAUGCCAACUCGGACGAUUCAACAAAUGAUGACAAAAGUGAAAUAUCGAGUAAUGGUGGAAAAUCGCAUGCCCAAAUACCAGCCAAUUGUACAGUAUGUAAUAUGCAAUUCUCAAAUCGUGCCAAUGCUCGCCGUCAUGAGAAGAACAUUCAUAAAAUAAGAGCAACGCCAAUUGCACCGAUACAAUCAGCAAAUACAUCUUUGAAUACAUCACAACUAAAUACAUCAACAGUGUCGACGACUUCAGCUGUAAAAAAGAAACCAUUCUCGGUUAUAGAAAUAGACUAUACCAAGCCAGAAUUAUAUCGUCAUUUACUCACGCCAACAAAGCUCACAUUCAUAUUAAACAAUCUUAAUUUCCUCGAGCAAGCACAAGACAUGACUUGCAAGUGUUGCAGUAAAAAGUUCCCGAGUUAUAAGUUUUUCAUGGGUCAUAUGAGAAAGAAAUAUCAUGGGCUCCCACGCAAUGUGUGCUUCAAAUGUCUAAAACAAUUUGAUAGUAAAGGGCAAUUUAUUGGACAUCUUAAAAGACCUGGUGGAUCUUGUCCGAAUCUUUAUCGUAUUGUAAUGGCUGACGAUUCCAUUCCAAAGAACCUCAUUCCAUCAGACACUAACUUAAGAAUACCAGCAAAAGAUGUACUCAAUAAUCGAGUCUAUGCAUGCGCCAUUUGUGAUGAUACAUUCCGAUUGAAAUCUGAUUUCCGAGAGCAUGUUUAUAGUGUGCAUUUAGAAGUAACAAAGAAUCGAGAAACUCCAAAUGCCAGCUGUAUAAAUUGUAAUGAAGCAUUUACGGAUUCUGCUGUUCGUCGUCGUCACUUCAAUAAUCUUGACUGUAUUGUGUAUAUUGUAUGCAACACCUGUGGUGAGCAGUUUCCAUCACAAUCUGUUUAUCUUGAUCACGUAUAUCAGACACACUUGAAUUCCAAGGCACAAGAAAAUGCCGAAGAAACGAUACUUUUUGAAGAAGCACCCGAGGACCAAUCACAGUCAACCGCAAUAUCACCAGCAAACAAAAGUAUUCAAAAAUGUCCAGUUUGUUUUAAGCAAUAUAAUAAUUAUUAUAAUGUGUUACGUCAUAUGGAAGCUAAGCACCCAGAUCAAGUUCCUCAAACAUAUCAAUGUCCCGAAUGUCCAAAUGAGAAAUUCAGCAAACAAACUUAUUUACGUGAGCAUUUAGUGAAAGUUCAUAAUAAAGUUGAUGUCUCACCACGACAAUUGAUGCAGCAUCAAAUUGCCAAUAGUAGCUUACAAAAGAUUCCUGCAUAUACAUGCAAAGCUCCAGAUUGCGGAAUAGAGUUCGGAGAGAGAGACAAAUGGCUUGAUCAUCAAGAAGAAGUACAUGGUGGAAAAUUCUGGUGUAUGUUUUGUGAGCAUCAUGAGUCCGAGACCGAUCAACGUGACGCAUUUGAAAAGCAUUUGGAAAUGACUCAUCAAAAUUCAAACAAACCACAGCUAAUGGUCAAUGGAAAUGAGUCGGAUGAUGAAACAACAGCCACAAAACUGGACCAAUCAUCGGAUGCGACAAAAUCAUACAAAUGUCGAUUAUGUGCAAAACGUAUUGCAACAAAAACUGGACUUCAAAAACAUAUGAUUAAAGUUCAUAAUGUUGGCGGUGAGCUGGUAAAAUGUACUCUAUGUCCAGCAGAUUUUGCAAAUGACAAAGGUCUUAAAGUUCAUUUGUGGCGUUGUCAUGAAAUUCGUGAGGCAGAUUAUGAAAAUGUUUUGCCUCCUGAUCUUUUGGAUCCAUAUACACAACAACAGAGAAAGCUAAAACAAGAGGAAGAACAAAAAGCAAUUAUGAUGGCAAAUGAGAGUGGAAGCAUCGCUAAAAAGCGAACAGUUUAUGAAUGUCCAUUCUGUCACAUAGUCUAUCAUUCAAAAGAUGAAUUAAUUGAUCAUCAAAAGACAGUUCAUGCUAUGGACGAUCCUGAUAUUUUAGAUCCGGAUGAUUUCGUACAACAAGAUUAUUCAGACACGAAUGAUGACACGAAAGAUAUUCAAGGUGAUGAAAAUGAUAUGACUAUACACGAAGAAGAAGCUGAAUACUGGUUCCAAUGUCGUUUUUGUCAGCGAUCAUUCAAUUCCAGCAAGAAGCUUACAAUUCACAUGAACAGCCAUCAAGAAAGUACGAGUGGUCAAGAUGAGAACGGUGGAUAUCCAUGUAAGGAAUGUAAUAUUGUUUACAAAUCUAAAAAAUCAUUGUGGGUGCAUCGUCAUAAAAAACAUCCACGUCAUCCGGUUCCAUCACCGUGUGAUUCAUGUGAAAAGACAUUCUUUGAUCGCAACGAAUUGAUAAUACAUAUGCAGCAAGCCCAUCCUGGAAGUAUUCCGACUCUGCCAAAUGAUUCACAAAAAGAGAAUGAAAAUGAUGGAAACGUGAAUGAAUCAUCACUAUUCACUGAAGGUCACUGGUUACUGGAUUCAUCAACAGAAACUAAUCAAAUGAAAGCACCUCAAAUGCCGGACCAAAAUUCAUUAUUACCAAAGAAAAGAAAACGUCCAGCACCAUCAGAGACACCUGACGGACAGUUCGCUUGUGAUAUGUGUCCAAAAUGCUUCUCAAAUGCUAACGCUUUGCAAGUCCAUCGUGGUUGGCACUUCCGCUCACCUGAUGGACGUAAAGUCAAAGAUCCAUCACAAAUGUGGCAUCCUGAUCAAGUUCCACCAAGUAAAGUAAGACGUACAGCAACUCCAUCUAAUUCAUCAUCAACUUCUCCUGCCCCAUUGACAAACAAUGUCAUAGUUCCUACAUGUCCUCAUUGUAAUGCUAAAUUUGCUUCACAUAAUAAUUUACGUCGUCACAUAAUUGAAGUACAUAAAACGCGUGAUUCUACAAAUUCUAAUGAAAAUGAAGUUAAAGUCGAUCGAGUUGGUGAAUGUACAAAAUGUGAUGUUAUGUUCAAUACAUUAGCUGAAUGGGUUGACCACAAAAUUAAUGAUGCUAAAAAUAGAAAGACAAUAGCUGGUCAGCAAGCUGGUUACGAAUGGAACUGUGAGAUUUGUUUAAAGCCAUUCACAAGACGCGAACGACUAAUGCAGCAUAUGCUUAGUCAUUUAAAUGACAAACAAAUGGACCCAGAAGUAUUAGCUGAACAUCAAAUAAGGUUAGAUAAUAAAGUGAGCAAUGGACAAAAAUUACAGCAUGAUGAUUUAAGUAGUGGAAGUGAGCCUGAAGACGAUGACGAUGAACAAUCGGAUAAUGAAGAAGAAGAUGAUGCAAAAAUGCCACAGUCAUUUAGCUGUGAAUUAUGCAGUGUGAUAUUUUCGUCAUCACAAGAAUUAAGAUCUCACGUUGCAGAGCAUUUCCUAAAUGGAUCAGGAGGACUUUCCACAACGACACCAACAAAAUCAAUUGAAAAUCAUGAGGAAAAUAGCAACAAAUUAGACAUUGAUGAAGAUGUAGAGCGUGAGUUAAAUGAUGUAGAAUUUGAGGAAGCAGAAGUCGAUUUCGAUAAUCCAAAUGAAGACGAAGACGAAGAUGAUGUGGAGGAAGAAGAGGAUGAGGAUGGUUAUGAAGAAAAUGGCGAAAAUGAGAAUGAUGAAAAUGACGAAAACGAGGAAGUUGAUGAGAAUGAUGAAAACGAUGAAAAUUCAGACUCUUCAGGCACUUCGUCAUCGCUCUCAAAUCAACCAACAAAAGUUCCACAACAACAACAACAACCACAGCCACCUAUUGGACGUAUACAAGUCCAACUUCAUCGAUGUCGUGUCUGUAAUGCAGCAUAUAUCGAUCAAUACAAGUCUGUAGAAUGCAUGGUGUCACAUCAAAAUCGCAAUACACCUUACAAGUGUUCCGACUGUCAACUUUAUUUUAAAGAUACAAAGCAACUUAAAGAUCACGAGAACUUGUGCCAUGCAUAAAUAGAAAAAUUGAAAUAGUAGAGUAUUCCAGUGUGAAAAUUUUUUAAAAAAAUAUUUCAUUAGAAAUGUAUCAAUUAAGAAAUGUUAAUUAAGACUUGUCAAAUAAAAAUUAAUUCUAAGAUUAAUACUUAAUUAUAA